AUAGUAUGAAACAAGAAAGAAAAAAGAAAGAAGUAACCAACUUUUCUGUGUCUCCUUAUUUGGUCUUGUGGCUUUACACGAAAAAAUCUGCUGGUGAUCCUAUUUUGACCUGGAAAAUCAAAUUGGCAGCUGCUAAUUGAGGAAGAAGAGAUGGAGAAUCCGGAACCUAUCACUUAUUUGACGCAGCAGCAGGCUGCUGAGAUUGAUCAGUUGCUAAUGAGCCAAAGCGGUUAUACCAUCGAUCAGCUCGAGGAACUGUCUGGUUUAAGUGUUGCAGCUGCAAUUGCGGAGGUGUACAGGCAAAGCGAAUAUAAGCGAGUACUUGUAAUAUGUGGUCCUGGAAAUAACGGGGAUUAUGGCCUUGUUGCUGCUCGUCAUUUGCAUCAUUUUAGAUAUAAUGUGUGCGUUUUUUAUCCUGAAACGUCUCCCGAACCCCUUUCUGAGGGUCUCGUCGCUCAGCUUGAUUCAUUGUCAGCUCCUUUCCUUCCCCUGGAAAGCCUACGUGAGGAGUUACUGGACUAUGAUAUAUUUGUGGAUGCAAUAUUUGGCUUCUCUUUCCAGGGAAAUCCCAGGCCACCUUUUGAUGGCCUUAUCCGUAGGUUGGCAUCUCUGAGAGAGAACUGUAGCGAGCAUCAGAAAUCUCCCAAAAUCGUUUCUGUGGAUGUUCCUUCUGGUUGGCAUGUAGAAGAUGGAGAUAUAAGUGGUAAAGGCAUCAAACCCGACAUGCUGGUUUCUUUAAUAGCUCCAAAGCUUUGUGUUAAAAGAUUCGAUGGUCCUCACCACUUUUUGGGUGGAAGAUUUGUACCCCCAUCUAUUGUGAGAAAAUAUGAGCUAAAACUUCCACCAUAUCCAGGAACUUCCAUGUGUGUACGUAUAGAAGAACCUAACUGUGUCGACAAGAGCGUGGAGGCUGACCCUUUUGUGCAGUUCCAAAAAUGGUUGGACGUUGCAAGCGAAGCAGGUUUGAAGGAUCCGAAUGCUAUGGCCCUAUCAACUGCCACAAAGGAUGGUAAACCUUCUUUGCGUAUGGUCCAAUUAAAGAAGGUCGACCAAGGAGGAUUUGUCUGGUGCAGUAACUAUAGUAGUCGAAAAGGGAGUGAGUUAUCAGAAAAUCCCCACGCUGCACUUCUUUUCUAUUGGAGUGCCUUAAAUCGGCAGGUACGUGUUGAGGGAUUUGUGCAGAAAGUAACUAACGAGGAGUCUGAGGAGUACUUCCACAGUCGUUCACGAGACAUUCAGAUUACUCCAACUCUUGGCAUUCAGAGCAUUGUGAUUCCUGGAAGAGAAGUUGUCUAUCAACAAUAUAAAGAGAUGGAGGAAAAGUACCCUGAGGGUACUACGAUUCCCAGACCUCAAAACUGGGGAGGAUACAGACUCGUUCCAGAGAGAUUCGAGUUCUGGCAAGGAGAUGAAUCAUCCGUACACCCCAGGCUUCGAUAUUUUGUGCAAGACAUCAAUGGGAAAAGGGUGUGGAGACAUGUCGAGUAGCCUGUUCACUGCUUUACUUUCAGUCGUAGAGACUAAUAUAAAUUGUAAGUUCAGUACUCAUUAGCACUUGUUGCGCAUCCUUGUAAUGUUGAAUACUGAUAGAUAAUAGUGAGAUUUUGAUGAAUAAAACUGGCUUCUAGUUUGACAA